GGGGGCCCGGGUCAGCGACCCCGGACGGCAGUGGAUGAGAGCGGGGCGCUGGCCUAGCCACACACGCACACCGGCACCAUGGACUUUGUCAUGAAGCAAGCGCUGGGCGGGGCCACCAAGGACAUGGGGAAGAUGCUGGGGGGUGAGGAGGAGAAGGACCCCGACGCGCAGAAGAAGGAGGAGGAGAGGCAGGAGGCCCUGCGCCAGCAGGAGGAGGAGCGGAAAGCCAAGCACGCCCGCAUGGAAGCUGAGCGGGAGAAAGUCCGGCAGCAGAUCCGCGACAAG